CCGAGUUGGUGAGGGCAUGGCAAAUCCACAUAGGCAGUACGUGUUGAGGCUUCUAGGAGUGGCCGAGAACCUGCAGUGGGAAGGCGUGUCUGGGCCAGCUCUGGUGACACCAUUCUUGGAGAACAGCUCCUUGUCCGGGCUGCUGCAGCGGGACUGCCCGCCCUGGCCGCUAGUCUGCCGCCUGCUGCUGGAAAUGGUGCUCGGGAUGAGUUAUCUGCACAUUCUGAACUCCGUGCUACUGCGCCGGGACCUCAAGCCCUCCAAUGUCUUGCUAGACACAAAACUGCACGCCAAGUUGGCAGAUUUUGGCCUCUCCACAUUUCAGGGCAAGUCACAGUCAGGAACAGGGUGCAGGUUCCAGGAGCCAGGGGGCACCCUGGCUUAUUUGGCCCCAGAAUUGUUGGCUGAUAUAUUCAAGAAGGCGACCAAGGCCAGUGAUGUCUACAGCUUUGGGAUCCUCUUGUAGGCAGUUGCAGGAAGAGAACCCGAGGUGGUGCCCCAGAUAUCACUGAUCCGUGAAACAGUGGCUGAGAAGCGGAUCCAGCCCCCACUGACUGAGCUGCCUCCGUCCAGCCCUGAGACUCCAGGCUUGGAAGAACUGGAGAAUCUGAUGCAGCGCUUCUGGAGCCAUGAGCCCAGUGAUAGGCUCCCCUUUUUCCCUAAAUGCCAGGAAACAACCAAAAAAGCCUUUUGAAGGGUACAUGAUAAAAUGAGUGAUGCCAUCUCCAAGGUGACAAAAUUUCUGUCUGAGCACAGGAGCAGCAAUAGGAGGUUGUCUGCCCCAGAGCCAAGCCAAAGAGGGACAGAAAUGGAUGGGGGAACCACUGGAAGCCAAUGCACGAAGAUUGGUUCCAUGUUGUCUGAGAGUCUGAACUGCCUGAGGCUAAAGCAGUUCCCCACCUCAGUUCCUGAAACAUGCACAGGCUUUACUGAGGAGAGGAGGGCACAGAAAGAGCAGGUUCAGCAUGCCAGGACAGCAGGGACCUCUUCAUAUUCAAUGGCCCAAACUCUCCAAACUCCAGAGACCUUACCUUUCCAAAACCAGACAGGCAGGCCCAUUGUGACUGGAACUCCAAGUCCUGGAGCCCAAGGGAAUCAGGUGAGAAAUUGGCGUAACUGUUCCCUUACCAGGAAAAACUUGGGAUUGAGGCACAGGGCACACACCUUGACACAGCCAGUGGCAGGCGAGUUCCCCCUUGUAUUUCCCCCAGGUGAACACGAGGCGCCGCUGUCCUCCUCCCCAGUGGGUUUGCAGACCUCCUCUUUCCGACUCUAAACCCUCCCAACACCGCCACUCUCAUUCUUAAAGGGCCCUCUGUUACUAUACAAAACUGCAAGUGGCUGCAGAGUGGAAACAACAACCACAUGACAGCACACCACACAACUACCUUC